CGCAGCAGCGGCUGCAGAUCUGCUGACGUGUCGGCUCGGCUCGGCUCAGCGCUGUGCCCCCGCUCAGGCAGCCCGCUGCCCUAUCCCAACCAGCCAACAUGACAGCGCUGCUGUGGCGUUUUUACCCUUUUAUACUGUUUUUCUGUGUGCGUUUUACACACGCCUCUCUGGAGCGGCGAUUUUCCGACUUUAAGAGAUGUGCGGACGACGAGUGCAGUAUGCUCCUGUGUCGUGGAAAGGCAGCAAAGGAUUUCUCCGGACCAGACUGUCGGUUUCUGUCUUUCAAAAAAGGGGAGACUAUAUAUGUGUACUAUAAACUCUCAGGACAAAGGUCAGAUGUGUGGGCCGGAAGUGUUGGCAGCAACUUUGGUUAUUUCCCAAAGGAUUUUCUAAACAUAAAUCACAUAUACACUGACAAAGAAAUAGAAGUGUCUGCAGAGGAAACUGAUUUUGUCUGCUUUGACACUGGACUAGAUAAAUUUGAAAGCUAUGAUGUUGAUGCGCUGUUAAGUAGUUCAUUAUUUUUAAAUGAAGGUGACAGCCAAAGAGAGAAACCAGAAGGACUUGGUAACACUAAAGAUUCGGAGGAUAUGAAGACAUUAUUGAAAGAAUCCCCUAUAGACACUAAUGACGGGGGAGAAGAUACUGAUUUGUUGCCUCAAGAUAAAGCUGAGGAGUCCGAUAUAGAGGAUGAUACUGAUUUGGAAUAUAUUGAACCCAAUCAGUUACCUACAGAAACAGUAGCUUUAGAUGCUGUAGAAGACAAAGAAAAUAAUGAUGGCGGAGCUACUACUGAGAACAACAAGAGCAGUACAGAUGAGUCUUUUUCAGAUGGUCAAAUAUUAACUAAACAGAUAGAUGAGCCUUCAUCCAAAGAUGGCGAUGCUUUACAGGAAGAAGACCAUGUUACAGAGGUAAAAGCUCUGCCUGAAUUAAAAACAACUUUAGGCACUACAUUUGAUGCUGUUAUGUCUGAUGAUGAAGACACAGAGAGGGUCACUCUUCCUUUUGAUGAACACCAAAAAAUAGAUAAACAACAAAGUGAUCACAUAGAGGAAGCUCCAAAGGAGCCUGCAUUACUUACUGCUGCAACAGAGCUCCCUUAUUUUGAGGAAAGGAUUACUGAUCCAGAGUCAAAAAGUGAAGAGAUUCCAAUUGAGCCCACAGUAGAAAAACAGGAAAAUGACAGAGAGUUAACCAAGGAUGGCAUGUGGUCAUCUUUAGGGGACACCGUUUUUAAAAUUGUCAGUGGAGGUGAGCGAACAGAUCUAUCUGAUGACACUGAAGAUGACGAUGAAGACGAGGAGGAGGAAGAGGAAGAUGACAAGGAGGAGGUUGCUGACGCAGACAGAAAUGAGAGAGGUUUAGACAAUCACAUCCGUGUUCAGGAUUCAGAAAUUAAAAAAGAUGCAGGGGAAGCAAAACACUCCAAUAAGGAUUCAAUAACAGAGAAUCCACUUUCUUCAAAGGUUUCUAAAGCAGAUGAAAUAAAACAUCACAAUAUUGACUUUGCAACUGAGGAUGAGGAGGUUUCUGAACAGGCCUCCAAAAUGUUUAAACCUGAUGAUGUAGGAGAAGAGUUAGUAAGCACUGACGAUUCUUUAAAUGUGGUUAAGAUGAUCAUUAAUGAUUCUAUUGAUUCUGAACUUGAUGCCUCUGAGGAUGGCAAACAGGUAAUUGAGGAAACUGUUCAGAAGGUGAUUGAAAAUAUACAGUUUUCCAAAUCUGAACCUCUUGACGAAGAUGGUGCACAAAAUGCACCUCAGGUUGGGGACAUGUAUGAAGAGAGUGAUCAAGUCAGUUUAGUGGAAAAUGCCGACCAACCUGAACCUGAAAAACAAUCAGACAUUCAUGAGAUAACAGAUGAAAAAAUUAGUAGUGUGAAAAAUAACAUAGUAAAUUUAUUAGACAGUACAUUGAAAGCAGAACAUGAAGCUGAAGAAAAUGAACAAGAACCUGAUGUUUAUGAGGACAAUGAAGAUAUUGAAGAGUUAUUAGAGGAUGAAAAUGCUGUACUGUCCUCCAUCCCUGGUAAAACUGAGGAGGUAAAAGAGUCUACCGCAAACAGCAAACUUGAAAAAGAAUUAGAAAAUGAUCCUCUGGCCACAGAUGAGACGCCUGAAAAAAUCAUGUCCACCCAUAAAAAUGAAAAUACAAAUUCAAACAUGGUACCAUCCUUGGACUCACUUCAUAAAGAUGAUGAUGCAGAGCCUUUGGAUGGUCCUGGUGAGUUUCAGCAUGAUCCUGUCAUCAGUAAGGCCCCAGAGGAAAUUGCAUCCUCUCAGACAAAUGAAGGUGAAAAUUCAAAUGUGGAACCACCCUUAGAUUCAUUAGUCUCACCUGAUGAAGAAAAGAAUGAUGCACAGUCUGUUAAUGGUUUGGAUAAAAUUCAGCCGGAUCCAGUCCACAGCAAUGAGCCGGAGGAAAUCAAAUCUACCCAGAAAAGUGGAGAUAUAAAUGGAAGUACAAAUUCAAACACAGUACCAUCAUUGGACUUGUUAGGCUCACACCAGGAUAAAGAAAAUGAUACACAGGGUACUGAUGGUCAAGGUGAGAUUCAGCAGGAUCCUGUCAUUAGCAAAGAUCCUGAGUACAGUGACAGUGUACUUAGACUCACCCUUUUAAGAGAUCACUUUAAGGACAAUGAGUUGGAACGCAUUCAGAGAUACUUAGACCUGAGAGACCUUUACAGAGUUGAGGCAAUGUUUGCAGAUUUGGACCAGGAGCUCCGGUCGGUUAGGGAAUCUAACUCGGAAACCAGCUAUGACAUAGAAAGAACAUUAGAGGAUAUUUUAGAGGUUUCUGAAAACUCCAUACUAGAUGAAAUAGAGAAAAUGCUGGAUGCCCAGGAGCAAAAGGCUCGGGAUCGUGGACAGCAAGUGGACCCAGUCAUGUUUGAUGAAGAAGCUGCCAUUUUGGAUGACUUUCAAGAGUUUGCUUUUUAUCUACGCCAGAAGUACUCUGCAGUCUCUGACAGUGUCCCGUUGGUAGAGGAGAGCCAAUCUCAUUUGGAAAUGGAAAAUGUGAAUGCAUCUGAUGAAGAGUUGACAAAACGUACUAGUGAAAACAUCAAGGUGAACAAGAAAGCUGAAGACCCUGAAGUCCAUCAAGAAACUGAAGAGUCACCCAAUGUUAAUGUUGAGGAGGGUGAAACCCAAAGCCCGGACAUGGGUCUGGGGGAGGAUGGUGGACAUUUUAAUAAGAAUAAAGACAUUCAAUUAGCCUUUGAAGGCACAGAAGAGGUUCAGAGAGGACCACAAGCAAUUCAGGAGAAUCCUUUGGAUAUUACAUUUGGCUUUGAAAUGGAACAGUCUUCAGGUUCACUGGAGUCCCAAAGUGCCUCGGAUUUAUAUGAUAAUAAAGCAAAGUAUGACCAGGCUGACUCAUCAUCCUCAGACCAUGUUUGGGGCUGGCUGGUUGUUGGAUCUGAAUUUUUAGGCAUGUGUGCAGAAAAUAUGAUUUCUUCUUUGCCUGAGGAAUGGCAGCCAGGCCCUACUUUUCAUGGACUUCCCUGGAAGCCAGUAGUUACUACUGCAGUUGUGGGAAUCCUCACCAUGUUCAUGUUUAUCUGGAGGACGAUUCUUGCUGUAAAAGGCAGAACAUAUCUAUUAACAGAAAAACAACUUUCAGAGAAGAUCCAACAGCUUGUCAGUGAAAAGUCUGAUGUCCUCCUCAAAAUAACUGAAUUGAAUAAUAAGAUCAAGCAACAAGAAGAAAAGCAAAAAAAUUCUGAAAAGUCAGAAUCUUCUACACAUAAGGAAUUUGAACGACUUAAGACUCGUUAUCAAGAUCUGUGCAACCAGAGGGAGGAGCUGUCUGUUAAUGUUUCUCAACUUGGUCAAAAAAUUGCAGACACACAGGAAGAGAACAGAACUCUUAAUGAGAAGAUGCUUGUAAUGCAUCAACGAAUUGAGGAGCAUCAGAAUAGUCUAAGGCAAUAUGAAGAAGAGCGUGCAAAGAUUCAGGUCCUUAUGGAUGAGGCUAAACUCAGGGAAGAUGCCCUGAAAGCUCAGGUGUUGUCCUUUGAAAAAGACAAUAGUGCCUUAAAGGAGCAGAAAAAAAAUCUCUUGCGUGAUGCCAAAGACUGGCAAGAGAAGCAUGAGCAACUUGGUGAGGAAAUCAAAGUCUACCAUAAAACACAGAAGGAUUUGGAGGACUCCCUUGUACACAAGGAAAAUGAAAUUGAUGUUUUGUCUAGCUGCAUUGCUGAGCUGAAGGGCCUUGAAGCCAUGGAUUUUACAGAGUUACAAAAGGGAGAUGCUAAACUAGCCAAUGACAAAAAAGGUGAUCCCAUUAAGUUGCGUCUCAAACAGAUGAUGGACGUCUCAAGGAUUAAGGCCACUCUUUCCAUUGUUGAGGAGGAGCGGAACCGUUGUUUGGAGAACUUUUGGGCUGAACAAAAAGCAAGACAAGAACUGGAAGAACAAUUUCAGAAGGUGGUUCAUGAACAAACCAAACUGAAAAAUGAAAAGACUCAUCUGGAAAGCCAAUACAACAAUCUCCAGCAGAGACUAGAAAUUACAACUGAGUUAUACCAGCAGAAAGAGAAUGUGUUACAGCAAAAGUUGACUCAGGAAGAGCUGGAGCGGCGUGAGAAGGAGACAAAACUGUCUGAGGUGGAUGGCAGAGCCUUGCAGACCGAGGAGGAGCUGAAUAGUCUCAGACAGAAAGUGAAAGACAUGCAAGAUGAAAUGCAGCAAAAUGAAAGAGCACUCAAGUCAGAGAUUGCUGUCCAGGAGAAGAAAGCACAUGAGAAUUGGUUAAAAGCCCGUGCGUCUGAACGAGCUCUGAUAGAAGAGAGGAGGGAGAGUGCCAACUUGCGUCAAAAAAUUGUAGAGUGCAGUGACAGAAUGACAGAUUUGGAGCACAAACUGUAUAAAUCUGGGGCUCCAGACCGCCACAUCUCUCUACGGAGAGGUGAUUCAUAUGGGCCCUCACCUGUGAGUGGGGGUGCUCCCUCUCCCCCCUUAAUGAUUGAGGGUCCUGGACGCCCACCUUCUGCUCCUGUGGGACGAAGGAAUGAAUCUUUUGGGCCACAGCCACCUCCUGAUCCCCAUGGGCGCUUCUCUGACCUUGGACAUCCAUUGCCUACUAGACCAGAUAUGCAAAUGUUUGCCCCUCGCACCUCUUCUCCUUGCACACAGGAUGGAUCAACAGUGCCUGUAGAUGCAAAGGCUGAGGCCUUCACUGAUACUACAGAGGCAUUUCAGAUGUCAAAGUCUCAGAGCCAGGGAUCCUUUCUCCCAUCUCCCAUCAGGGAUUCUCCUGGCCCAAUCUCAAAUGCCCCUCCAAAGCCUUAUGGCCCCCAAACCAUGGGUGGACUACCUCCACCUAAUGGUGCACAUCCUCCAAUGAUCCGACCACCUAAUGGCCAUCCAUCUAUGGUUUCUCCUGGUCCUUCUCUUGGACCUGACCCACACUUCAGACCGCCUCAUAUGGACGCCUUUGGACCUCCUCUGCGCCCAUUUGGACCUGUCCCACCACCGUUCGCACGUGGCCCACCUCUGAGAGAUCAUCCUCCUAUGAGACCACCUCUACCCCCAUUUGGCGCACAUGACUUCCCACCUGAUUUUGCUGGACCUCGUGACUUUCCUUUCCCUCCUCGGCCUUUUCCCCCUGGUUCUCUUCCUCCCCCUGGAGCUAUGGUUCCACCUCCGUUUGGUAGCCGGGACUUGCGUGGAGCCGCUCCACAUUUGGGUCAGUCCUCCCGGGAUAGUGAGUUGACCCAUGCAACUGGUCAUGCCACAGAUAGCUCCUCUCAACAGGGAGCUACACAGGACACAGCCACUUCGGGAAUGGCUGAACCUUAAAAAAAUUACCUAGAAAAAAUUACCAACAUGUCACCAGGGCCACAUGUCCAUUACUGGAUUUUUUGCAUUUAUUUUUCCAAUUUUUAACAGCAUUUAAAUUGUGAAGUGUAAUUUCUAUAUUAAAGCAUCCAAAAUCCAGUUUAUGCUCUGUCGUGAUAUUUCAAAUACAUUUUAGGCAGGGUUUUACCACUAUGAUUUAAAAAUACUGUGCAAUAACAUUUAUUUUGUGUUUAAUAGUUUUUUUGUAAGUUUAAAAAAGGAAAACCCCUUUUCCUAUGCUCUUUUUUUAUUUUAUUUUUGGAGGUUAAAAAAUAAUUUAGAUUUAUUGUUUUACCGGCAACAUCUACUACUUACCCAUUGUUUCUUCUUAGUGAUGUAUUUAGGGUAGGUAGUAUGAUGUUUUAAAGAUUGAAUAACUUAAUAGUUUCUUGACAUGAAUUAAGAAAGAAAAGUUUUAUUUGGCCAGGGGAAAAAAGACCUGUGGCUGUUGUUCCCCGUUAAAUAAAUGCUACAAGGCAUGGUGGCUAAUGAUCCUCAAAGCAUUAUCUGAUUUUAACCAGCAUUUCUGAAAAGUUUGCCAAUUAUGUUUUCAUCACAUCAUCCUUUGUAAUGUCUGAUUUAGUGUACUGUUUAUAUGAUUUCUUUUCCUACUGAAAAGAUUCACUUGCUGUCAUAUUGACAAAGUAUUUGUACAUUUCCCUCGUCUAUGUAAAAUAAAGUUGACAUGAAUCAAAUCAGCAAAACACAGGAAUGCAGUACCGUAUGCUGCAGGAUUGAACUGAUGUGACUGUGCUUGAUGAUGAUAUAAAAGCCUGAGUGCAGUCUGAGGAACUGAGAUAUAUGUCAUAUGGUACUUGCAUAGUAAUGUAAACAUGUUAAAAAUCAUUAUCACACAAAGCUGAAACGGGCAGUGAAGUUUUGUUUUUCUUGUCUACCACGCUGAGGUAAUAUUAAUCAGGGACUGAAGAAUAACUUUAGAGAAACUACAGUAAAGUGCUUUCAGAAGUUUAAAUACAAUUAUUUUUAUCUGCAGAUUUGUGCUCAUGUAUGAGGUUGAACAUAUUAAAGAGAAUCUGUUUUCAACUGCA